UUAUUAUUAGAGAGGCUCAUUUUCUGUUUCUCAUGCUGUGACAGGAGAUCACAUAGUGGGGCUCAGCUUUACUGAGUUUCCUCUCUCUCCCAGGAGCAUUGGAAUCUGUUCUGAUUCUGCCAGGUGUGGGAAAGUCUGAGAUUAGAUUAGUGAUUUUAGAGAACACUGUUUGUGUGAUCCCUCAGUGUUUUUUUUACAGCACAGUACAAAGUGCAGCCCAGGCUCUGCUUAUCCCUGCUGGCAGUGGGAGCACAGCCUGUACUGUAUGAGCAGCCACCUACUGUCCAGAGAGGACCGAGGUCUGUCUGAUCAAAUUGUCGCCCAGUUUCUAUGGAAAGGCAGUGGUCAUUGAGCCUGUCCUCUCUGUUUCUCCUUUUUGGCUCUUAGCCUGGUCAGAUACUCAGUCAGUGAGUUUAGUCUUUUUAGGGUCCAGUGGGUGAGGUCCAGUUGUUGGGCUUUACUCUGAUUAGUGGUGUUGUAGCAGUGCUAUUUGAAGGCUGGUUGUUGUCACUGAGCCUCAGGCCAACUGGCAGAGGGACCUCAUCUCGGAGCUAUUAAGGCCUCGUGGUGAUAGGAGAUGUUGCUCUCUUCUGUGUGUUAAUUUGCAGUGGAUAUUCACCUUUUUCAGCCUUGAAAGUAUUGUUUGGUGUUUUUCUCUGCUUAUACAGACUGUUUUUACAUAACUCUAUGUAUUCAAAACUCACAUAGCAUCUAAGGGGCAUAUUUCCUAUUCUGUGUAAUUCAUGGAGGUACAGUAUUACACAAAGUGAGAUCAGCCGGUUUACUUUCAUAAAUAUGUUGACACAGGUCUGGCUUUUCAAAGCAAGAUAAGACUGUACCAGUUAAGUAACUAUAGCAACACAUCUUAAAUUCCUAAACUGCUAUUUCAGGAGGCUAUUUCACCAAGCAGGUUUAACUAAGAUUUUCUCAGAUUAGCCAGAUUUAAUUAACCUGAUGACUGACUUCAGGCUUGCUUCCCAUCUCAUGAUUGCAAAAUACGUUUCGUUUUCAGUUGUCUGGUUAAAGCAAGUCAAGUUUAAACAUUCUUAAGAGAUAACAAAGCCAGAGGAGACACCUGGAAAAGAAUCACCGAGAAAUUGAAUGAACUACAUUAUGUAAUAUAAUGCCAUAUCUUAAGAUAUGACAAAAGUAUCCAAAUGGCGUGAGCACACGUGUAUUGUCGUGACUUACGUUAUAAUGGCAUUGAACUGGAGCUCCUAUUGAAGCCUCUGUGAAAGUGACCAAAGUGCAGAAAGUGACCUAAAAUAACUGGUCACUGUUUAACUAUCCCCAAAGAAGAGGUCAAGGGCACUAACUGGAAAAGCAGGUUACUGGAACUAAACGUGAUUGUUUCACAACACAGUGUACUUCAUGGUUGUUGGAAUGAUUGUUUUUCUUCCAUACCUUGCUCGAAUGUAUAACACAGCAUAGAUUCUCUAAAUAUCUGAUGCUGAUGUGACACCAUGCUUCGCAGAUCAAUCUGAUAACAUUGGAAUCAUGGUGAUGACAGAAACUGUACAUUAAUAUGAUUCAGAACUCCCGAAUCUACCUAACACCCACUGUAGGUACACGUUUAAAAACUUGAAAUGGAAAUUAUUGACAGUUUUGAUUGUGCCCUGUGUAAGCAGUGGUCAUAUCUUUUUAGAAUAGCAUUUUUUCACCUAUACAUUUAUACACUUUGUGUGGAGUGUCCAGAAAAGCGCUAUAUAAGUGUUAGCAAUUAUUAUUAUUAUUAUUAUUAUUAUACUGUGAAUUUACUUUCUGUAAACAAAAUCAGCCUUGCUUGGCCCUGUUGGGGUUUUAAUGCCUGUGCAGUCCAGAGCGCCUAUUACAUUGAGAGAUCGUGCAAGAAAGUGUUUAGAUCACGGUAUAUAGCUACAGGGAACGGCUACAUGUAUAGUGGCUGCUAUUCUCUCUGCAAAGCUCUCCUGAUGGUUGCUUCAACAUCAGCCGGAUCCCUUAAGAAACGUGACAUCAUUUGUUUUGCAGGGGGCUGAUUGGUCUGUGAGUACAGCGCUUAACCGCAAAGCCAGGCUAAGACUGAACUAUCCUGCCCGGAACAGGCUAAUAGGAUGUGUUGCUAUAGUUACUUAACCGGAUACAGUUCGGUCUUGCUUCCUGAAACCGAAAAUCCAGACCUUUGUCAACAUACAGUAUUUACUAAAGUUACCCGGCUGACUGAGUAAUUUUGCUUUGUGACACACCCCCAGCUCAAAACUCCAAGAUUAAUUGAUUCCCAGACCAAGAUAUGUGUCCUCUUACAGAAGACUGAAUUCAGGUCUGAAGAGGUUUCCGUAUCUGAGGCUGCUUCACAAAGCAGGUUUGACCUCUUCGGGAUUUUCUCAAGUUAGCCGGGUUGAAUUAACCCAAUAGCUGACUUCAGCUUCGCUCCGGUUUCACGAGAGCAAAAUCUGGUUUCAUUUGUCUGGUUAAAGCAAGUCAGGCGCAAACUCUGAGUGCAAGCCGCCCUUUAAACGGCGAUCGUCCGUCCGCGCAAACGAAAUCAUGGCAAAAGAACGCGCGUCUUAUUUCAGCGUGGACGAAUUGCGGCUGCUUAUGGAGAACUAUGAGAAGGAAAAAUCUGUUCUAACAGCAAGGAACAACACCCUAGCUGCCGCAAAAGCCAGAGAAGAUGCCUGGCAAAGAAUCGCUGAUAAAUUGAAUGCCUGUACCACAAUGGGAGUCAAGAGGACCUGGAAGCAGGUCAAGACCAAAUACAAGAAUAUCAUCCAAAGCGCCAACAAGAAGAAGCGUGAGGAGAGGAAGACCGGAGAGGGCUCCCCACUCCAAGACUUCAGCCCUGCCGACGAGCUGCACAGCCUUGUGCAGGAUCAGGGUCGCCCUAUAAAGGACGGACGUCUUAGGGGCAGCUGUUCUCAACAGGCAAGCCCCACCAUAACACGCUCUUCAGACAAAGUGACCAGUGGGUCAGUCAGCCUCCCGGACCCACGACCUAAAAUCUUGGACAAAGGGGAACUUGCCACUCUUGUUAGAGAUGAAGAGACCAUUUCUGUUUUCUCUGACCAUGUGAAGAGGUCUAGAAGUCAAACCCUUGAUGAAGAUAUCAAGACCACCUAUCAGAGAUACCUGCAAGAACAGACAGAAUACUACAGGCUAAAGAGGAGGAAGGUGGAGCUGGAAAUCAAGCUUCUUGAGAAGCAGCUGAAUGAAUCAUCAUCAUCAUCAUCUUCACAAUAAAGAGCAUGUUUCCUUUA